AACUGUGCUGUCAAAUGUCACUGUCUGAAAGACAAUCAGCUAAUUUAGGUUAUGUAUCGAUAUUUUUGUUCUACUCGUUAAUUCGAAAUUAAAUUACCAUUAUAUACAUUUAAAAAAACCAGUUGUGUACUAACCAUGUCAACACGAUGGUAUCCUAUUUAUCAGAGAGGCAAUCCCCAACUUCGAGUAUUUUUACCCAACUUUUGGAUGAAAUUAGUACGCCCUCAUCCAAAGCAACUUCCAAAUAUUGUACAAUUUCAUUGCUCAAUGGAAAUGACAAAAUUUGACAUUAAAAGUUAUUUAGAAAAGAUCUACAAUAUUCCCAUUAUAGAUGUGAGGACUAAAAUUAAAAUGGGAAAAUUCCGUAAAGAUUAUGGCAAAGGAUACGUUGUGAAAGAUGAUGAUGUAAAAUGUGCCUACAUUGUUUUACCAAAGGAUAUGACGUUUAAAUAUCCCGAUCUAUUUGAAGGUCUAAAAAAAGAGGAUGAGGAGAGUAUGAAGUCUUUAGAUGAAGCCAAAAAGAGUUUCAAUGAUUAUUUAGAGAAAAACAAAGAAAGAACAGAUGUCCCUAGCUGGUUUUCUAUUUAGUUUUUUAGUCGGUAGUUUUUAUUACAAUUAACAAUUAAAAUGUAAGUGU